AUGUCCGGACGUGGCAAAGGAGGCAAGGCAAAGGGCAAGAGCAAGACCCGUUCCAGCCGUGCGGGUCUCCAGUUCCCCGUGGGCCGUAUCCACCGUCUCCUGCGCAAGGGAAACUACGCUGAGCGCGUCGGAGCGGGCGCUCCCGUCUACCUCGCGGCCGUCCUCGAGUACCUGGCUGCCGAAGUGCUCGAGCUCGCCGGCAACGCGGCUCGCGACAACAAGAAGACCAGGAUCAUCCCCCGCCACCUGCAGCUGGCCAUCCGCAACGACGAGGAGCUGAACAAGCUGCUCUCCGGCGUUACCAUCGCGCAGGGCGGCGUGUUGCCCAACAUCCAAGCCGUGCUUCUGCCCAAGAAGACCGAGAAGAAGGCGUAAGCGAGCUGCUCUCCCUCCAUCAAGCCGGAGUUGCAGGCUCGUCCUCGCACGACAACCCAACGGUCCUUGUCAGGACCACCCAAAAUGCGUGUGACGGCAGGGUGUUGCUUUGCAAUCCCGUUCUCCGCACCCGUUUC